AUGACAACGCAAACAAACUUAGAAGUUUUCGUCCAUGGACUAGUGAAAGUUUUCAAAGAACAAUGGGGAGUCGAUGUAUGGCUCAAGCCCGGCCACAACAAUGAUGGUGACGAACUCAUCGCCGCCCACAAAAUUAUUCUGGCAGCAAGAUCAAAGGUGUUUGCGACCAUGUUUGAAUCUGACAAAAUAAAGAACUGGACUGUUCACGAGACAAUAACUCUCUCCGAUCUUAAACGUAAAGAGUUAGAGGUUUUUGUCGAGUUUUGUUACGCUGGAGAUUGCAAUGCCUUCCGAGAAGCUGAAGAAACAUGCAAUGUCCCGGACAUGACAACGCAAACAAACUUAGAAGUUUUCGUCCAUGGACUAGUGAAAGUUUUCAAAGAACAAUGGGGAGUCGAUGUAUGGCUCAAGCCCGGCCACAACAAUGAUGGUGACGAACUCAUCGCCGCCCACAAAAUUAUUCUGGCAGCAAGAUCAAAGGUGUUUGCGACCAUGUUUGAAUCUGACAAAAUAAAGAACUGGACUGUUCACGAGACAAUAACUCUCUCCGAUCUUAAACGUAAAGAGUUAGAGGUUUUUGUCGAGUUUUGUUACGCUGGAGAGUGCAUGCCUUCCGAGAAGCUGAAGAAACAUGCAAUGUCCCGGUACUGUGCUGCUGACAAAUACGAGAUUCCUUAUUUACGGGAUCUAUGUAGAAACCAUAUUAUGUCGUCUAUAAACGCUUCAAACGCUGUUGAAAUUCUAGAGCUCUCAAGACUACCUUUCGACAAAACCCCUCGGCGAAUUUGCUAA